GCUUAAAAGUUUUAUACAGAAUUAUUCAAGCGAAUGUAGCUGGCAAGAUGGCGGUAUUGCUUAGCCUAUGUGUUUUUAUAUUUCAAGUGUUCCAGACUGAAGGUGUUUGUCCAGACCAGUAUUAUGGUGUAGCCUGUGAGAAUCAGUGUGACGUCAGCUGUAAAGACAGAUUAUGUAAUUCAACAUCUGGUAUUUGUAAUGGAUGUAUUGAUGGUAGAUAUGGUACCAACUGUGAAUUAACAUGUAUAGUUACAAACUGUACCGGUAACUGUGAUAGGAUUACAGGAGACUGUGAUACAUGUCAUCUAAAAUGGUACGGUACAAACUGUGAAACAUCAUGUUCUACAUGUAUGACGUCAUGUAUUAAAUCAGAUGGUAUUUGUAAUGGUGGAUGUAUUGAUGGUUAUUGGGGUAAUUCGUGUCAACAACAAUGUUCUAAUAACUGUAACAAUGGGGGAUGUAGACAGGUAGAUGGUAAUUGUAAUAAUGGUUGUAAAGUAGGAUGGUAUAGAGGUACAUGUGAUACAUCAUGUACAGUUGAUCAAUGUAUAGGUGGUUGUAACAGGAAUACAGGACAGUGUUCUGGAUGUACACAGGGUUACUAUGGUUCAAACUGUCAAACCAGAUGUUCUAGUAACUGUACUGUAGGAUGUAAUAAGCCAACAGGUAGAUGUAUAGAAUGUAAAUCGGGAAUAUUUGGUGAUGAUUGUAAUAAACCAUGUCCUGUUAACUGUCUUGAUACUUGUACCAGGGACGAAGGUAAAUGUUAUAGUUGUAAACCUAAUACAGUUGGUCUAUAUUGUAAUUCUUCAUGUGGUACUAAAUGUCUACCAAUUACAGAUUUGACUCAAGAAACAUGCGACAGAAAUGGUAAAUGUACUGAAUGUAUUGUGGGAAGAUAUGGUGAUGGGUGUGAUUUGAAUUGUAGUACAACAUGUGAUGGUAACUGUAGUAGGAGUAAUGGUAGCUGUACUGAAUGUAUUGUAGGAAGACAUGGUGAUAGAUGUGAUAAGAACUGUAGUACAGCAUGUGAUGGUAGAUGUAGUAGGAGUAAUGGUAGAUGUACUGAAUGUAUUGUAGGAAGAUAUGGUGAUGGGUGUGAUUUGAAUUGUAGUACAACAUGUGAUGGUAGAUGUAGUAGGAGUAAUGGUAGAUGUAGUUUAUGUAUUAACGGAUACAAUGGCGACACCUGUGAUAAAGAGUGUAAUGAUAAGUGUACUGUUUGUAAUCAAGAUGAUAUCAACAACUGUUCUCAAUGUAAAGAUGGAAGAUGGGGAACAUCAUGUAAUAAACAGUGUAGUUCUAACUGUAAUGGACAGUGUGAUAAAUUUGAUGGAUCAUGUUCUGUUUGUAAACUAGGAUGGUAUGGUACUUACUGUAACAUUAAAUGUUCUGGUAAUUGUACUGAUGGUUGUAACAGAAUAUCAGGAAUAUGUACAGAGAGUAAAAUAAGAUUUGUAUAUAAAAAUAAAGAUGAAGAAGUGAGUCCAGUUGUAGGUGGUGUUAUUGGUGCUAUAUUUGGUAUAGUAAUUACAGUGGCAGUUGGUGUUACAGUAUAUUGUUAUUUAAGUAAAAGGAAGCAGUCAUCUAAAUCUAAACCAACCAGUGAAACACGUGGUUAUAGAUAUAAUAAUCACCCUACUAUAAAUACAGCAACAACAGGAGGAGAUAACUCUACAUCUGAUCAUAGUACUUAUGAUACCCUACAACAAGUUUCAACUGAACAAGAUGAAGCAGUAAAUCAAUAUCAAACAUUAAACCCAGAUCCUGCAUAUGUUAAUCUUGGUUUACAAUAAAACAAUUGUGUGCAGGUUGACCAGAAUCCUAAUAUGGUUGUAUAAAAU